AUGCAAAUAGAAAACAAAGAAAGCCAAUAAAGUUAACUUAAUCAAAUAUCUAUAGCAAAGAAGACAGAGAUGGGUUAUAUAUCUCAUAUAAUUAAGAAGGAAGCAAUAAUAUUGUUAUAGUUAACUGUAAUAUUGUAAGAUUCUAUUGCAAAAAUAUUUGUCAAAUCAGAAAGAAGAUUAAUUGUUGAUAAUGUUUAAUUUAUAUCAGAUGAAAACCUUCAAUAUAGCGUUAAUAAUUCAGAUGAAACCACAACCUUUAACUCAUAAGAUAAAAUUAAAGCCAAAAAAUUCAAAACAAUGAAUCUGUAUUAGAGUAAGCAAAACCUAAGAUUAAUUGAGUAAGCUGAAAGAUCAAAACUAUUAUAACAGAGUCAUCCGAAGAUUGCCAAAAGAAUUUGA